AUGAAGAUUCUCUGGGGAAUUCAUGCUAAUGCACUGGCCUAUUCUAUGACUACCUUAGGUGCUGGAAUGAUGAACAGCAUUUUUAAUUUCUACUACGUUAAGCUUUUCCUAAACCGAUACAAAAUUUCAGAAACAGGAUUUCAUGUGGCACAGGUUGUGUUUAUGGUCUGGAACGCCGUCAAUGAUCCCCUUUUUGGGUACAUUCAGGACAACUCCCGGCUGAAGUGCUGCGCGCGGCGCCAGUUCUCCAUCCUGUACGGAGCCCCCCUGUACGGCCUGGCCUUCCUGCUGCCCUGGUUCCCCUGGAGGCUCUAUGGGGAGGGUGACUGGCUCUGCAGCCUGCACCUCAUCGUGGCCCUGUGUGCCUUUGACGGGCUGCUGACCUUCGUGCUGCUGGCGCAGUGCGCGCUCUUCACCGAGAGCUGCCCCCGCCACGACAGCAGGCUCAGGCUCAUCAAGUACAGCCAGGUGGCCACGCUGCUGGGCUCCACCAGUGUUCUGUUCUGUGGGCUCAUAUCUGAUAAUAUGGAAAACUUUGGGUAUUUUCAGGUUUUCGUUGUUUUGAUCGCAGCGCUAGCGACAGCUUGUAUGUGUUGCACGGGUAGAUACAGCACGAGUCAGUAUGAGCAGAGGGAAGGUCACGUGGAGGAUGCUAAUCUGGAAAAUGGUGAUGGAGCUUUCUCCUUGGCCUCAGUGGUUUCAUUGACCAAACAGAUCAUGACAGAGAAGAACUUUCUGUGUUUUGUAACAAUGAACUUCUUCCAAGUCUUCCACCUAGCAUUCUACAACAAUUUCAUGAUGAUCUUCGCGGAUAAUCUCAUUCCUAAGGAUGUCCUUUCUUCCUCAGUAAGAAGUGUCAUGUAUGGAGCAGGUUUUAUUUGUCCUCAGUGCCUUGUUCUUCUUAGUCAUGCUUGGUUGAAGAAGUUUGGUUAUUACAGAAUCAUCUUAUUUUCCUUUUACUAUGAAGGAGUAGCUGCUGCUGUCAUGUGUCUUCUAGGGCAAGAACACCAUUAUCUGCUGGCAUUUUAUGUCACAACAAACAUGGUAAUUGUGCAAGCUUCAUUUAGCUUGUUCAAUUUGCCUUUGGCAGAUAUUGUUGAUGCAGAUUUAAUAAAGCACAAGAGGAGAUUACCACUUUCCUCUAUGGUUUUUGGUACCAAUGCUUUAUUUACCAAGCCUGCCCAGUCUUUGGCUCCAAUGGUUGUGCUUACAAUACUGAAUCAUUAUGGAUAUUAUAACCUGAAUAAUGUACCUGGUCGUCCUGAUAUAAGCAGGUCAUUUUUGGAUCUCCAUGAUGCCAUGUUCUACCUGGUCUGUCUGGUUCCCUUCUGCAUUGCAUUCCUACAGAUCCUGACCUGGACUCCCUUUUCCAUCCAGAACAGCCACCUGGCAGCUCCACAGUAA